GUCGUUUGGUUAGCAUGACAAAUCAUGUUAAAUGUUAUUAUCAUGAGUUAACCUGCUGUUUGGUUGCUUUGUUUGAUAACAUGAGGCCCGAUGUCGGCCCGUCAAAGCCCGAACUGUUCAUCCAAAUAACAUGUGUUUCGUAUCAGCAUUUGAGGCACCGAUUAUAAUCAUGCCUCGACUCCCGUGCCCGAUACAGCAUCAACAUUUCCAUUUUGCCCUCUAUACGUGAUUUGAAUUUUGGAAACACCUCCUCCAAUAAUUCAUCCCCAAACCUUGUGUGAAACCACUGCAGACACACCCUACAAUUGAAGCCAGAGAUUGUUACAACACUUGAGGACUCCAUACCCCCACGCACAAAAGGGGGUCGGCGUUAGGGAUCCGAUUCGUCCACCGGAAUCGGUCGACAUAAACAUCAGCAAGUUUUCGCCCAAAUUUCAGACGGUUAGUUAUUGAUGCUCCAGUUCAUAAACAAUCGACUCUUUCCAUUUGUGUUUUUAUUUUUUACGUGCUUGAUUUUCCAGAUCUCCUUUUGUGCUUUAUUUUUUAUGUGCUUGAUUUUCCAGAUCUCCUCUUGUUCUUUAUUUUUAGGUGUUGAGCUUUAUUAUUGCUAAGAAUUUUUAAUCUCUAUUAGUAGUAUAUUGGUUUAUAGAAAUGGAAGACCAGUUUCUCUGCAGAGUAAAUAGUUCUCGUUAGUAUGCACACAGAGUUUGUAUUGACAAGUUGUAUCUGUUCAUAACUUGAGUUUGCAGCCAAAUUUGAGUACGUGUAUGUGCAUCACAUGACUGUGUAUUCGUUAGUAAAGUGAGUCUUUACUGAAUCUAGAGUUCUCUAAAGGCAAUUUUAUGUUUUUGUGCCCAAUAUUCAUGAAUUUCAUUCUGAUUUUGUAACAUUUCCUUGGUAGUUGUAAUUGAAUUGCUCGUGAUGGCCCGUAUUGUUCGUGUACCCCCUUCCGUUAACCUGAUGGUGGAAGAUAUACUUUUUUUGUUGCGUAUUCAACAAAUCAUCAUUCUGUACUUAUACUUGAAAAGAACAAGGCGUUUUACACGUCGUGUAAGAAAUCACCAAGUUAGGUAUUCACUAAUUGAGCGAAUCCCUCCACAAGUGAGGCAUAUGAACAGGCUCACUGCAGUUAGUGAUGUCGACUGUUUUUCGAACCUCCGUAUGGAUAGGAAUGCAUUUGGACGAUUGUGUAUUCUUUUAAGAGACCGUGGUGGACUACGGAAUGGUCGAUUUGUGUUACUAGAGGAGCAAGUAGCAAUUUUCCUAGGCAUUUUAGCCCAUCAUAAGAAAAAUAGACCUUCUGGAUUUGAAUUUCGUCGUUCGGGUGAAACCAUUUCUCACUAUGUGCAUCUUGUACUUAAAGCGGUACUCAAGUUGCAUACAAUUUUAUUGCCUCGGCCUGAUCCGGUGACAAACAAUUGUGUUGAUCCACGAUGGCAACACUUCAAGGGUUGUAUUGGCGCUUUGGACGGCACUUACAUAAAUGUGCUCGUAAGGACCUUAGACAAGCCACGAUAUCGCACGCGAAAGGGCCAAAUCGCGACCAAUACUCUUGCUGCGUGUGACCGCAAUAUGAAGUUCUUAUACUUUUUACCCGGGUGGGAGGGAUCGGCGGGUGACUCUCGAGUGCUUAGGGAUGCUGUCACUAGAGAAGGUGGAUUGAGAGUAAACAAAGGAACUUAUUAUCUAUGUGAUAAUGGAUACGCAAACAGUGAAGGAUUCCUUACUCCGUAUAAAAACGUGCGCUAUCAUUUGAAGGAAUGGGGAGUCGGGACCCAGCGUCCGCAAAAUGCACGAGAAUUGUUUAAUCUAAGGCAUACUAGAGCUCGUAACAUAAUUGAGAGGGCCUUUGCAGUGCUAAAGAUGAGAUGGGGUAUCUUACGGAGUGCUACUUUCUAUCCGAUUAAGAUCCAGAUCCGGUUAAUCAUGGCAUGCUUCCUGCUACACAAUUUCGUACGGGGUGAGAUGCACAAUGAUCCAAUUGAGCAACACGUUGACGGAGAUACACAACCUCUGGUCGAUGAGGAGAUUCAUGGUGACCUAGAAUUCGUAGAUCAAGUAGAGCCAACUUCAGAAUGGAACCAAAUGCGGGAUGACUUGGCUAACUCCAUGUGGAGUAAUCGAGCCAAUGUCGACGGUAACUGAAGAAUUGGACAUGAUACCCGAGUGUCUUUGCGGCGGUGGCAGGAUGAAGUUGUUAUGUGCUGGGAAAGCGGCCACACACGCCGGUCGUUACUUUUAUAAAUGCCCAGCCGAUGAUAAACAUUCCGGGUCUUUCUUGUGGUGCGAUGACUACCAUUCUCGGAUAGGGGAUGGCAAGCAACCGACAUAUGUAAAGAGUCAACUUUAUCGGCCUAAUAAACAUAUGAAGUACAGGGAGGAAGCGAAAAAUAAAAACAUCAUCAAGCAGGGUAGUGAUUGUGGGGUCUGUGGCCGCUGUCGCGUUGAAGCUCGGGUGAACCUCUUGUUGGCUGGCUUGGGUUUAGUUUUAUUAUUGGUUGGAUUUGUGCUAGGGAAAAUGGUGUAGUUUGUUUAUGCAAAAUGUGCAACAAAGACUCCAACUUAUUAUGUAGUUUUCUAUUCAUGAAUUAUGCUGUUGCUAUGACAUUUGGUGAAUCACCUACAUGCACUUAUAUUUUGAAUUAAGUUGUUUGUAAUUUGUAUAUUAUGUCUUGGACGAAA